UCCCUGAGAUAUUUGCCAUUUUUUUCCUGUAUGAGCGAAAACAGGAUGAGAAAAGGUUGCACUAGCUACUUUAUUCACAGCAAACUUGUUGAGCAGUAGUAGAAACUUUAGAGAAAAGAUGCAAUUAAUAUUCUCGUUAAAAUCUUGAGGAAAUUGCUAUUGUAUGGUGGCUCCCGAUCUUUCAAUAAUAUCCAGAUGAAGGGUAUUUUUGUGAAUUUAUUAAGGUCGAGGUAGUGGUCAAACAUGGGAAAAUUUAUCAUGUGACGAACUUGGCAGUGCAGCUGAAAAUGAUGGUUUAUUAAAUGUUGCCAAUGGAUUCGGGCAUUAUGUUGCACUACUUAUUUGGCCCGAUAACGAUUUUCAUUGGGUCAGAAAGGAUUCAAACGGAUAUUGGUCACACAAACCGGGAUACGAAUUAAUUGAAUUACAUAUACUUCCAAUCGAUAUUAAUUUAGAUACCAUCAGUUCAUUUGCAUUGGCUUCAUAUACCCUCACAGUGACAAAACCAUAUUUAAACCAAAGUGAUAAUAUAAACAUUAAGAUAAUUAAAGACGUAGAGGAUAAUAAUCUUUAUAGUCGUAUUGAAGUCGAAAUAAUAAUUUAUCGAUGGUUUGGUAAAUUUUUUGAGUCAGCAUCCAGUGGAAAUGAUAGCGGAUCAUGUCUUGACCACGUUCUGACAAACGAAGACUGUCCAUUACGUCGUCUUUGCUUGGAAGAAACUGGAUUUGGCAAGGCAGCCCUGGUUAUGGCUGAUGUUUAG